ACAUUGGGACUGUCAACUAUUCCAAGGAGAUUUACGAAGACCCGGAUCGAAUCUACGAAACGCUAAAGGAUGAUGGAGAUGAAGUACCACCAAACGAACCUGGAACAUCCUCCGACAUCUAUAGCAACCUGGACAGUAAUAUCGUCGGUACCGUUCCAGCAUCGACUGAACAAGAGUACACUUAUGCUAACGAUACAGAUUUGCACAGAUCUAGUGUAGGUGCGAAACCAGCGGCCAAGGGACCUAUACGUAAUGGUGCUGUGUACGAAACUUUAGAACAGCCUGGACAACGGACUGAUGAUGAUUUCUAUAAUUACCCUGAUAACACCACCAUCGCUAUAAACCAUGGCUCAUCAGAACUAGAGUAUAUCUAUGCCAAAGAUAUAGAUCUGCCUAGAGCUACUGCAAAUACAAAGGCAGUGCGCGAGAGAAAUAGUGAGCCAGCUACCAGUGGUGAUCUGUACCAUACUCUAGAACAGGAGGGACCAGCAUCAACUGAACAAGAGUACAGCUAUGCAAAGAAUACUGAUAUGCCUUCGAUUCCUUGGAGUAUCGUGCAAACGAGCAACGGACAUUCUUCUCCUGUUUCCAACAGUGCACUGUAUCAUACACAGGAAGAACCAAAUCCACCUCAACCACCUGUUUAUUCAACGUUGGAAGAACCAGAUGUAGGAAACCCCCAGGUAACUAAAAAUAUUAUAUAUGAAAUGUAAACGUUCUCCCCGUUUGCCUUUGUACUGAGAAGGAACAUAUUUGGUAAGUCAAUAAGCUGUGGCAGCGACCCCGCCACACUAUUUGUUGUAAUUUUAAUUAAAUUGUAAUUUUAUGCUGGCGAAGCUAAUAAAUUAAAUCAAAUUAAUUUAUAUAUAGGUAACAGAUGAAAUACCAAAUUGCAGUGAUCACACAUAUAUCGAUGUUAUCGAAGAUUCCAACUGCACAGAUUCCCGACAUGCUGACAACUCAUCUACUACCGCAUAG